AUCUUAAUUAAUUACUACAUCAUUAAAUUUAAAAUUAAGUUUAACUUUUUAUCUUGAGCAGCAAUUCUCAUAUAAUAAUUCUAUACAAUUUUGUUGACUACCCAUUCAACUAUAAAUAUAGAAGAGUUGCUCCUUUGGUUUUGUGGCAAAUAAGAGGAAGUAUAGAACGAUGGAAGCAAUCAGCAUUCCAACCUAUCGUUGUCUCACUUGUGGGUGCACUGGUAAUGGAUGCCGCGAUAAUCCAUACUUGCAUGGGCUCAAACUGGAAUGGCCUGAAUUGGUUGGUGUCAGUGAAAGUAAAGCUAUAGCUGUAAUUAAGAGAGAAAAUCACAAGGUGAUUGUUAUCUCAGUUUAUGAUGGAUCAAAUCCAGUUGGUGACGUCUGCUGCAACCGUGUUUACCUAUAUGUUACCAAGCCAGGUGGGGUUGUCGAUGAAGUGCCUAAGGUCGGAUGAAAAAGAAAAAUACUUGGUGAUCUGAAUUUGUGUGAUUCAAAUAGUUUAAAUAUGUUAAAACGACGUCGUUUUAUACUCAAAACGACGUCGUUUUAGGUGUUUCGAGCCAUUCGAGUCAUAAAUUUUCAGGUUACCUAGCAUUGUUGGAUGAGAAAAAUUAUACUAGCAUCCAACAAUUAUGUCCAACAAUUAUGUAAGGUGGUAUCCAAAUAAAUUAUUAAAUAAGAAGAUUAUGCUUUUUAUGGUCUCCCUUUUG